CCAGGGGCCUCCAGAUACCAUGUGCCCCACUCCCGCCAAGCUCGGCGAGCCCUGGCUUCAGUCCGCCGCAGCUGCCCCGGUGAGCGGCUGCAGCCCGCGCGGCACCUGCUGCGGGAAGAUGAGCGAGGGCGAGUUCGCCUUCACGCAUGCGCUGGCCCAGGACUACCUGCGCCACGUGCUGCAGGUGCAGCCCGCCGGCCUGGGGGCCAGCAAGGCGGCCCGAGUGCUGCGAGACGUCGCCUUCUCCAUCCAAGAAGAAGUGGAAAAGAGUCUGCAGCCAUACUUGGACAAAUGUGAUGUGGCGUCCGUAGAUACUGCCAGAACCAUAUUCAAUCAAGUGAUGGAAAAGGAAUUCGAAGACGGCGUCAUUAACUGGGGGAGGAUUGUGACCAUAUUUGCAUUCGGAGGAGUUCUCAUCAAGAAACUUCUACGAGAGCGGAUUGCCCCAGAUGUGGAUACUUACAUGGAGAUUUCUUACUUUGUGGCUGAGUUCAUAGUGAAUAACACAGGAGAAUGGAUAAAGCAAAACGGAGGCUGGGAAAAUGGCUUUAUAAAGAAGUUUGAACCUAAGUCUGGCUGGCUGACUUUUCUGGAAGUCAUAGAAAAGAUCUACGACAUGCUGUCCCUCCUGAGGCUAUACUAUUGACGAAAAUGACACUGGCUCUUGCGAGAACUAUUGCCAAUACAUACUACCUUCUAUUUUUAAACAAGCAGCUUUGAUGAUGCAACUUGAUUUACCAGAGUCAUGGACACUUUGUCUCCACUUCAC